UGUAAAAGUUUGUCUUGUGCGGACAUUCCUUCCUAGUUUGCGUAUUCAUUAUUUACUGAGGAGAAGCAUGACUCUGCAGUGGACUGCUGUUGCUCUCUUCCUCUAUGUGGAGAUUGGUAUUAUCGUCAUCCUCUGUUUGCCCUUCAUCUCUGCCAGAAGAUGGCAGAGUAUUUUCAACCUGCGCAUCUGGAGCUGGAUGGCGAGGUUCUGGAACAAGGUUUUUCUCACCAUGAUCAUAAUACUCGUCGUGCUCUUUAUUGACGCUGUGCGUGAGGUGAGGAAGUACUCCAAUAAAGAAAUCACCCCAGAUUCCAAGUUGCAGCCAAAUAUUUUUGACCACCUGCACAUGAAGCUGUUCAGGGCUCAAAGGAACCUCUACAUCUCUGGUUUUGCCGUCUUCCUCUGGCUAGUUAUGAAGCGGCUGGUCACUUUAAUUAACCAGCUGGCAUCUGUGUCCGGGAUGACGGUGGCGCUUCAAGCUCAGGCUGAGAAUGCAAACGAAGCAGCUGAGAAGUUCAUGAAAGACAACGACCAGCUGAAACAGAUCUUAAUGGAAGGGAAGGGUGACAAGGCAACUGCAGAGGGCAUGGAACUGUUGAGGAACGAAGUGGGAACACUGAAAGAAAAGCUGAAGCUUUCUGAAGAUGCUCUGAAGAAGUCUCGCUCAGAGGCAGAUGUGAUGAAGAAGCAGACCGAGGGCCUUGCCAGGGAGUAUGACCGGCUGCUCAAGGAGCAUCAGGAGCUCCAGAAUCGUGAGGAUGGUGGAAACAAAAAGGAUGACUAGUGACAACGGAUGGGUUGACUUCGCCAAAUCAAAGAGAGCCAUGCAGCACGCUCCUUCAUUUCACAUCAAACCAUGGGUCGUGCUUUAGAUUACUCCACUAGG